AAAUGGCGUCGGGGCAACAGUGGGUGUUAGUUGAGAUGGUUCAAGCCUUUUACGAGGCUCCAGCUUAUCAUUUGAUUCUGGAGGGAAUCCUCAUUUUGUGGAUCAUCAGACUCCUAUUUUCAAAGACAUAUAAACUACAGGAGCGCUCAGAUCUCACAGAGAAGGAGAAAGAGGAGUUGAUUGAAGAAUGGCAACCAGAACCUCUUGUCCCUCCAGUGUCAAAGGACCAUCCAUCCCUCAAUUAUGACAUUGUCACUGGCCCUCCAAGCCACAAAAUCAUUGUAAAUGGGAAAGAGUGCAUUAAUUUUGCCUCAUUUAACUUCUUGGGUCUGCUUGACAAUGAGCGUGUUAAGCAAAAGGCCUUGACGUCUCUGAAAAAGUAUGGUGUUGGUACCUGUGGACCAAGAGGAUUCUAUGGAACUUUUGAUGUUCAUCUUGAGUUGGAAGAACGCUUAGCAAAAUUCAUGAGAACAGAAGAAGCCAUUAUCUACUCCUAUGGCUUUGCCACAAUAGCAAGUGCCAUACCUGCAUACUCCAAAAGGGGUGAUAUAGUGUUUGUUGAUGAGGCAGCAUGUUUCUCUAUUCAGAAGGGUCUGCAGGCCUCACGCAGUUUCAUUAAGUACUUUAAGCACAAUGACAUGGAGGACCUGGAGCGGUUGCUGAAGGAACAGGAGCUAGAGGAUCAGAAGAACCCACGCAAGGCUCGUGUGACCAGGAGAUUCAUUGUAGUGGAGGGCAUUUACCUCAACACAGCGGAUGUCUGUCCCCUGCCAGAGCUGGUGAAGCUGAAGUACAAAUACAAGGUGCGCAUCUUCCUGGAGGAGAGCAUGUCCUUUGGAGUGCUAGGGGAGCAUGGGCGGGGAGUUACAGAGCAUUUUGGAGUCAAUAUUGAUGACAUAGACCUCAUUAGUGCCAACAUGGAAAAUGCUGUUGCCUCUGUAGGAGGUUUCUGCUGUGGAAGGUCUUUUGUCAUAGAUCAUCAGCGUCUGUCUGGACAGGGCUAUUGUUUCUCUGCCUCUCUGCCACCAAUGCUGGCUGCUGCUGCCAUUGAAGCCCUCAACAUUAUGGAGGAGGAUCCAAAUAUUUUCACCGUCCUGAGAGAAAAGUGUAAGCAUGUUCAUAAAGCUUUGCAAGGGAUUCCUGGACUGAAGGUGGUGGGGGAGCCCUUCACCCCAGCUCUGCAUCUGCAGCUGGACAGAAGCACUGGAUCGAGAGAGAGUGAUGUGAAGAUACUGCGUAGCAUCAUAGACUAUUGCCUGGACAGACAGGUAGCGCUCACCCAAGCACGAUACUUGGAUAAAGAAGAGCGCUUUCUCCCACCACCCAGCGUAAGGGUGGUUGUGACAGUGGAGCAGACAGAGGAGGACAUUGAGAAAGCAGCGUCUUGUAUAAGAGAGGCUGCAGUGGCCAUUCUGAAGUAGUGUGGAAUACCUCCACCAUGCUGAGUAUACACGCAGCUGGGCACAAGUCACCUGUUCUCCAGGUGGCACUGAAACAACAUCAAGUGGAGAAAAUGUCUACCAACGUCAGGCUUGAACGUUAUGAGGACACAUACACAACCAGUGUAUAUAGCUUUGAGCAGAGAAGUGUCUUUUUUGACAAGAGAAAUGGACCAGGUGCCUCAGGCACACUCAGGAUAUGAGGACUGUGUGGUGUUAUAUUAAUCAGAUUAGCUUUAUUAUUUCACCCCCUGUUUGAGUGCUUUCGUUUUUUGUUUUUUUUUUUAACAAUACUGGGAAAUAAUGAAUCUUCAUUU